UAUAAAUAGACUAUAUCAGACUGGACACCGCAUAUGAAGACGUCUAUUUAGACGUACCGGUAUGUAUAUAUGUGGACAUGUAGUCCAUGGAACCGAUGCUAAGGUAAAGGAAGUUUCGCACGUAUGUGUGGCCUACAUGCAGGCUACAAUUUAUUCAUCAAGCUUCUCAGUGAACACGGUCUGAUAAAGAUGUCUUCUCCUGGAAAUAGAGUAGAAGAAUUCGGGACGCUGUACCGACAUGACGAGUCUGAUGACAUCGUCUUUGGCGUCUCUGAAUGUAGCAAACCGUUGGUUGUGUUGUUUGCGUGGUUAGGAGCCUCAGAAACCGGCGUUAGGCAGUACGUCACUGUGUACAUUCAGAGAAAGGUAGAUGUCCUAGUUGUACGUAGCGACGCCCUGGAUUUCCUACAACCUCAUCGAGGAAAGGAGGUUGCCAGGAAGGUUCUUGAGUACCUCCUAUACACACAAAAGGGCUACUCACGCUUUGUCGUGCACACUUUUUCCAUAGGUGCUUUCAUCUUCACCCUUUGUUCUCUUCAUGUACAGGACAACACUAGCAGGUACGGAGUCUUCACACAACGUCUUGAAGGAAUCGUCAUGGACAGUUGUGUGGUUGGAAGUCUUGAGAACAUGGCGACAGGGAUUUCGAAAAUAAGCUCAACAAAUUUCCUUCUCAGAAACAUCACCUUUUACAUCGUGAUCUUGUAUUUAAAACUUGCCUGGUCCACUUCUCAGUUUUACAACCAUGCACUGGAGCACAUCUUCAAUGCGCCAUUUGACAAGCCGUCGCUAUUUUUCUACUGUCGCAAUGAUCCAAUGUGUAAUACUGAAGAAAUGGAAAAACUUAUUGAUCGCUGGAAAUCGAAACUGCAGUCUCCUGUAGUUGCCGAAUGCUGGGAUAAGUCUGUCCACGCAGCCCAUCUUAAAUUCCACAAAGACGAUUACUUGAAAACUUUGGAUGAGUUUUGUAAAACGUUACCGGAAUUUUUCACUAGUAGUUUGCAUGGAAAUCAUACGUUCAGUAAGCUGUGAUAAUCAAAGAAGCUAUUUUUUGCAUUUAA